AUGCACUUUGCAUUAAAUUUAUUCCUUCUAAUUAUUUUAGUGGCAAAAUGCUUUGGGUUGUGCAACGAUGGAACGGCCGACAAUCUCUUGCUAGCCAUGUUUUACACGAAGAAGGUGUAUGCUUGUGCAUCGAACACCACAAAUAAAUGUGUGUUGCCUGGUUGUGUAUUGGGUAAGGGAAUGGUGGGACCAACAACAUGUACCAAUUACAUCAACAAUUAUGAUUGUCAAUGUCAGAGUGGAUGGACGGGAACCGAUUGUACACAAGUAAGUACAAUUUGUGAUUCGAGCCCUUGUCGGAAUGGUGGUACAUGCACUCCACUCACUGCAACCACUUUCAAAUGUGAUUGUGGAACGAAUGCGAUGGGUGAACGGUGUCAAUAUGAGAAUAUCUGUGCCAAUUCCCCGUGUGUCAACGGAGCCUGUGUGAUGCUGUUCAGUGGAGAGAAAUCCUACUGUAACUGCACAAGUGGAUGGCAAGGGGCAAAAUGUGAUACAGCGACAUUGACAAAUGCUGACACGACGAUCAGUCCGUGCAUCAAGAUUAAGGCUGGUGACACGAACAGCACGGUGGAAGAUAUGGGGAAAGAACCGUCAGCUUCUCUGUGCAGAAGCAUGUUUCAAACGGAGGUCAUUGAUGGUGCCACGUACAAGUCAUACUGUGUCGCUGGAAAGAAAUGCUAUAUGUACACAACUUUUGUAACCGAUGGUGGUAAUAGUUCACUGUUGGACGAUUGUGCAACGAAAUGUAAUCAAGAAGCUACACCAAAAGGGAAAACCGAUUACCCUGGUGCCAAUGAGAUCUGCGGUAUGUCUUAUUCACCAUCAGCAAAGAACCCCCGUGGACCAUGCUACAACUAUGCGGAUAUUUUUGAUUUUACUUUCUGCACACCAACUACUUGUUCAAAUGGUGGUGUUUGUGUGGAGAACAAAGGAAAUUCGACAACAUGUUUGUGCUCAAGAGAUUGGCAAGGGCCAACGUGUGCUUUACCUAAACAAGCGUGUGUCCCGAAUCCAUGUCACGGGAGUUAUCGACCACUCGGCAUUCCAACGUAUCCAUGGAUGAAAUGCGACUGUCAACCGGGAACUUUUGGUGAUAAAUGCGAGACGAAUCCGGACAAUUGCCCAGUCGAUAAAUGCAAUGCAACAGAUAAAGCGGCUAAAUGCAUUGACGGAUUCGACGAUUUCACGUGUGUCUGCUCGCCCGAUUACACGAAUAAAUAUUGUGACAUUCCUGUAAUCGUCUACGACGCGAUUCGUCUCAUUUUCGGUGAAGAUGCCACAGUCAGCGAUGAUGUUAUUCAACUCCUAAAAGACCUUGUAAGCAAUCCGACGAACAUCAAAGACAUGGUGCCGUUCAUUUUGGGGUUAGAGACAGAAGAUGAAAGAGGUGACAAGAGUUGGGACUACAAUGACAUGUUCAAAUGGGUUGCCUAUGAGGAGAGAACAUUGAACUUACAGCAAGAUCUGCUGAAAUGGAAUGAUGUGACGCUGGGAAAUUGUUUCACUUUCAAUCAUCGAAACAACACAAAAGCACAGUAUCUGGCCAGGAUGAGUGGGAAAGCUGGAAGCCUUGAAGCUAUGUUGAGUGUGAACAGUGAGGAGAAUUGUCCUUGGAUCGACACAGAAGCUAUUCAAGUAUUUGUACACCCGGCUGAAGAAGACAUUUUCUCUGAGUCCGUUCGUUACAAUGCACAACCAGGCGGUGAAGCUGAACUGUUUCCUAAAUUGACAGCUUAUCAACGGCUGGGUGGCCGAUAUGGUCGAUGUGUAACUGAAACGAGUCAAGUGAAACAGUACUUCUACUCGGGCUCAUAUGCAACCGAUGGUUGCCUUCGUUCAUGCUAUCAACAAGCUGUUUUAGUCAGCUGUAGUUGUAUGGACCCACGAUAUCCGAUGGAUAAAACCGCUAAACCGUGUCCAUUGGAGAAAAGAAAAUGCGUGGAAGAUCUAGUGGCCGAGAGGGGUGAUCCAUCAAAAUGGAAAGAUUGUGUCUGUCCAUUGCCUUGUGCAAAUCGUGCCUACACUGUUUCGUGGACUAAAUCUGUAUUCACGGCAAAGAAGCCCCAAUGUGCCGUUGUUGAUCCGACAUUCAAUACGAGCGCCUGUAUCUCUACGUAUAAGGACACCGUUCGUGUUCGGGUUCUCUUGCCUGAUUUCGGCUUUCAAUUGUUUGAAGAGGUGCCGGUGAUGUCGUUCAACUCAUUCAUCGGAAAUCUCGGUGAGAUGCAAGUGAGAAGUUAUGAGAUGGGAAUGGCAGAGGAACUGAUCUCU